AGAGGAAGAAGAAGAAGAAGAGAGAUUGAUCAAUGGAUUCCGUUAUUUCUCUCUCACUCUUCCUCCUCCUUCUUCAUCUUCUCAUAACCGCCGACGCAACCGCCACCGCCACCGCCGCGUUCAAUCUGUCCACAAUAACCUUCAAACAAGGUUUCUCAACUCUCUUCAGCGAUUUCAACAUUCUCCGAUCUCCCGACGAUACAUCCGUCUCUCUUCUCCUCAAUCGCUAUUCAGGAUCUGGUUUCAUCUCCUCCGAUUACUACAACUACGGCCUGUUUAGCGCGAGUAUUAAGUUACCGGCGAAUUACUCCGCAGGAAUCGUCGUCGCACUUUAUACAUCGAAUGUAGAUGCAUUUGAGAAAAGUCAUGAUGAAUUGGAUAUUGAGUUUCUUGGCAAUGUUAAAGGGAAGCCAUGGAAGUUUCAGACGAAUAUGUAUGGCAAUGGUAGUACUAGCCGGGGAAGGGAAGAGAGAUACAAUCUCUGGUUUGAUCCAGCCCUUGAUUUUCAUCGUUACACCAUCAUUUGGACCGAGAAAAUCAUCAUAUUCUACGUUGAUGAAGUUCCAAUAAGAGAAAUAGUAAGAAAUGAAGCAAUGGGUUCAGAUUAUCCAUCAAAACCCAUGUCACUUUAUUCCACAAUAUGGGACGGUUCAACAUGGGCUACACAAGGUGGUCGUUAUCACGUCAACUACCGUUUCCAACCUUUCACAGCCGAAUUCAAAGACCUAGUCCUUCUCGGCUGCCCAGUUAACCCUUCAAUAGUCUCCAUCACCACUUCCACUUCCAACAACUGUUCAGACAAGAUCGCCGACCUCGAGGCUAAUCCACUAACGGUCAUAACCGUCGAGGGAAGAAAAUCAAUGAGGUGGUUUAGGAGAAAGUUUAUGUAUUAUUCAUAUUGUUAUGAUACAGUUCGGUAUCCUAUUCCGCCGCCGGAAUGUGUGAUCGUUAUGGAAGAACAGAAUUUGUUUAAGGAAACGGGCAGACUCAAGAAUAUUAGAUUUGUUCAACAUAGGAAUCAUCGGAGUAUGCGUAAGAGGAGUUCUAGGGUUCGUCGGAAGGAGUCUUUACGACGACGGAAGGAAACAACCCUUUCACAGGUUGUAGAACCGAAGAAGAUCCCUUCAGUGGUCGUAGAAGUACUAGAACCGAAGGACACCCCUUCACCGGCUGUAGAACCGAAGGAGACCCCUUCACCGGCCGUGGAACCGAAGGAGAUCCCUUCACCGGCCGUGGAACCGAAGGAGAUCCCUUCACCGGCCGUGGAACCGAAGGAGACUACUCCACCGCCGCCACCACACCGGAGGAGGUUCAGGCCGGCACCGCCAGAAGCAACUGCCAGUGGAUUUUUGUAG